CCAACUCCCUCAAAAAAUAUUACCAACUCCACCGUCGCCCCAAUCAGAAAGCAACGCAACCCACCAACACACCAAGUUUCCCCAAUUCACGGCUCCGGCGCCACCUCCAAACCCCUUAACCAGAGAGAGAGAAUGAGACCCGACGAUGAGCCCGAGAUGGUCCGUCCAGGGUUAGUGCCGGGCCUGAUCGGCGGGCACCGAAAGAAGGGAACAGGGGUUCGGGCCUGGCUGGUGAUAGACUCGGCGGGGCUGGCCCAAGUGGUGGAAGCAGGGAAACACUCGAUCAUGCGGCGGACGGGCCUUCCAGCCCGAGACUUGAGGAUUCUUGACCCACUUCUUUCAUACCCUUCAACAGUUUUGGGGAGAGAGAAGGCGAUUGUGAUCAAUUUGGAGCAUAUCAAAGCAAUAAUUACUGCACAAGAAGUUCUUUUGCUCAAUUCUAAAGAUCCUUCUGUUACCCCUUUUGUUGAGGAGCUUCAAAGAAGAUUGGUGCGUCUUCAUCAAGCUACCAAAAUUCAGGAUGCUGGGGGUGGGGCAGAUAAUUCAGAGUGGCGAAAUCUAUAUGACCUCGAGGAGCCGCCUAGCACUAAUGCCAGCCCUCCAGAUGAUCCUUGUGGUUUCCCUCCACGUCAAGGGGUGAGUGAUGAGAAGGAUAACUUGGAGGAGAAGGAAGAUUUGAAGAACAGAGAUGGGGUAAAGGUCCUUCCGUUUGAGUUUAUAGCGCUAGAGGCUUGCCUUGAAGCAGCUUGUAGUUCAUUAGACAAUGAGGCGAGGACUUUGGAGCAAGAAGCUCACCCAGCCUUGGAUAAGCUAACUUCAAAAAUCAGUACGCUGAAUUUGGAACGUGUUCGGCAGAUUAAGAGCCGACUGGUGGCACUAACUGGGCGUGUCCAGAAGGUGAGAGAUGAACUGGAGCACCUGCUAGAUGAUGAUGAUGAUAUGGCUGAAAUGUAUCUCACUGAAAAGCUAGCUGAACAAAACCUUGAUGAUUCUUCUGUUUCCUCUGUUAAUGAGCAUGAUUAUGCUGGUGAUGGAGUCCAAGCUGAAAUGGAGGAAAGGGUGGCUGUUGAAAUAGCUGAAGUCCCAGGAGGUUCAGGUAGAUAUGAAAGUGAUGCUAAUCCACAAGACCAAUAUUUUAGUGUGCCUGCUCGACUAGCCAGAAGUGCUACACGUACUAGCACAACACACAGUGCCAUAAGCAAGCACCUUGAUGUGGAGGAGCUUGAAAUGCUUUUAGAGGCAUAUUUUGUCCAGAUUGACGGGACACUCAAUAAACUCACCACGCUACGAGAGUAUGUGGAUGACACUGAAGAUUACAUCAACAUAAUGCUGGAUGAUAAACAGAAUCACCUUCUGCAAAUGGGGGUGAUGCUCACAACAGCAACGUUAGUGGUGAGCGCGUUUAUUGUGGUUGCUGGUAUUUUCGGGAUGAAUAUUCACAUUGAACUGUUUGACGAAGACAAAGCUGGUGAUCCGGAAUUUCUGUGGACUGUUGGUGGUGGAGCCACGGGUUGCUUAUUCCUUUAUGUGAUUGCUGUUGCGUGGUGCAAGCACAAGCGUUUGCUCGAGUGAUCGAUCAUGCAACUGAUAAAUUGAUGCUGUGGUAUUAUUGACUCUGUAGUCUGUAUAGGUUUUAUAUCAAAGUAGUAUAUUUUUCUGUAAGCUUGUUGAUGGAUUUCAACACACAUUCACACUGAAAUUCGAAAUUUAUAAUCACCCUGAUGAAAAGUUAUUUCUUUUA